AUGGCUUUUGGUAGAAGGAUUUUUGCAGCAAGAACUCUCGUCAGAUCAGAUUGUAUUCUAUCGGGUUUUCAAAGUCGUUUUCCAAGUUUAGAUGCGGCAGACAUAAAACAUUUCUUGGCGGUGCAAGGUGUUAGUGGCAAUACUAGAAACUUCAUUACAUGGGAUGACUUCAUAGUGGAUGAGCACAGUCUCUCCUCCGCUGUUAGUGGUAGAGUUAUUGUGGUAGAUCAAAGUGGUAACGGAGAUUCACCAACUGUUCAAGGGGCUGUUGAUAUGAUUCCAGAAGACAAUACAGAAAGAGUGAAGAUAUAUAUUUAUCCAGGAACUUACAGAGAACGAGUGCACGUGCCGAGAAGCAAGCCGUUUAUUUCAUUUAUAGGUAAACCUAACAUAACAGUCAAUGGCAAUGAACUAAAUGUAACGGCCAAUGGCAAUGCACUAAAUGUAACAGACAUUGCCAAUGCCAUACCUAUUAUUACAAAUAGUACUAAGGCCUCAGACAAAGGCUCAGAUGGGCAAGAAAUGGGAACAGAUAGUACAGCAACUGUAUGGGUAGAAUCUGAUUUCUUCUGUGCAACAACUCUUACUAUUGAGAAUUUGGUAGGUAAAGAUGAAGAUAAACGCCAAGCAGUAGCGUUGCGUGUAGAUGGGGAUAAAGUUGUAUUCUACCGAGUUAGGCUUGUGGGGGAACAGGACACUCUCCUAGAUAACAAUGGAACCCAUUAUUUCUACCGAAGUUACAUUCAAGGAUCCGUUGACUUUAUAUGUGGCAAUGCAAAAUCAUUGUUCCAUGAGUGUUUACUAUACUCUGUGGCUGGGUUUUGGGGAGCAAUUGCAGCUCAUCACAGGGAUUCAGCAGAUGAAGAUACCGGAUUUUCAUUUGUUGGUUGCACAAUUAAUGGAACCGGUAGUAUCUUCCUUGGGAGAGCUUGGGGGGAAUAUGCAACGACAAUAUAUUCAUACUGUGUCAUGGACGAUAUCAUUAACCCCAUUGGAUGGAGCGAUUGGGACAUUCCAUCUAGACAGAGUACUGCGAUGUUUGGGGAAUACGAGUGUUCAGGAAAAGGAUCGAAUAGAACUGAGAGGGUAGAAUGGUCAAAAGCUUUAAGCAGCGAGGAAGCAAGGCCUUUCCUGGGCAGAGACUACAUUAAUGGAGAUAGAUGGCUUAGAUUAUGA